AUGCUCGUUCUGCUGUUCGCCGCGCUCACCGCGGCGAUCCAACUCAAUGUUCAAUCCGAUUCAGAUGUCAAAUCAGUGGCGUCUACAAUAGCUUACGAUAUGAUGACCGUUUACACUGGCAAUCAAUCUGGACAAGUACCUGGAUUAUUACCUGGAGGCCUCAACUGUAAUCCAAACAAUAUCGGCACUUACUGCUGGUGGGAAGCUGGUGCUAUGUUUGGCGCAUUGAUUAACUACUGGCAAUACACAGGCGAUUCUUCCUACAAUGAUGUCGUAUCACAAGCAUUACAAUGGCAAAAAGGCGCCGAUUCCAACUUCAAUCCCGCGAACCAAUCUAGGAGUAUGGGCGUGGAUGAUCAAGGAUUUUGGGCUUUCUCUGCCAUGGAUGCUGUUGAAGCAAACUUCCCCGAGGCAGGUGGCAAUGCACCAUCUUGGCUGUCGCUGGCUCAAGCUGUGUAUAAUUUCCAGCUUGACCUGUGGGAUCCCGACACAUGUGGAGGUGGCUUCAGAUGGCAGGUUUUUGCGGUCAAUGCCGGAUACAACCUGAAGAAUGCUGUCUCCAAUGGUGGCAACUUUCAACUAGCUGCACGAUUGGCUUAUGUGACCGGCAACUCCAGCUACGCAGACUGGGCUAACAAGGUCUACGACUGGAUGGCUCAGAGCAAACUGAUGCAGGUUGAUGAUGCUACUGGUAUUUUGUACAUCUGGGACAACACUGACACCAACAAUAACUGCAUCGAUCAGACAAAUUACGUCUGGACCUACAACUAUGGUAUCAUGCUCGCAGGCGCUGCGUACAUGUACGCCUACACAAACGGAGAGCAAGUCUGGCUUGAUCGAGUCAACCUCAUCCUCAAGAGUACCUUCUCCCUAUUCUUCCCAGCCAAAUAUGGCGGAAACGUUCUCUACGAGCUCCAAUGUGAAGAGGCGCUGAACUGCAACGAAGACCAGAAGAGUUUCAAAGCCUACCUUUCGAGAUGGUUGGCCGUAACCGCCCUCCUCGUUCCCAGCACAGCCGCCGAGAUAAACCCCAAACUACUCGCAAGCGCACAAGGCGCAGCAGGACAAUGCGACGGCGGCAGCACAGGUCGAGCUUGUGGAUUGCAAUGGUGGUCAACUACAUGGGACGGCACGACCGGGGUGGGCCAACAGAUGGCAGCACUCUCCGCAAUAGGCGCAACACUUAACAGACAGGAUCUAGUACCAUUAACGACGAAUACUGGCGCAACAUCAAAGAGUGACCCGAAUGCAGGCUCAACCGCGGCCAAAGACCCAACCACCGAGCAUAGCCCGAUUACUACAGGCGAUAAGGCCGGAGUAGCCAUCUUCACCAUUGCUAUUGUGAUAUUGGUCAUUGGUGGCGCUAUCUGGAUCGUGUUAUAG